AUAAAUUUAAAUGAUUAAUUAUUUCGAAUUAAUCAGUAAUAUGGAGUUUCAUAUAAUUUCCAUAUUUCAACAUUGUAUUUAGUAUAUAAUGUUUUCGAUGUAAUAAGUCAUCCAAUGGAUACAUUUGUUUUAUUGGCUAUGAUAUAAAAACAGCUUUGAAAAUAGCUUUAAUUCGUAUACCAAAUAGUAAUGAUUGCCAAUUAUAAAAUAAGAGUCAGGUUUGUCGGUUCUCUUCUACCGUGAAUUUCAUUUAUCCAAUCCAAGUAUACUUUACUAAUAAAAACACUUCUAUCCGUCGUGUGUGCAUUUAUAUCUUUGUAUGUAUGUAUUGCAUACUUACGUGCAUAUAUCGUGUAACGCACGUGUGUGUGCAAUUAUAGAAAGCGCUCAUUGAGAUCUAGUAGUAACAACUAUAGAUAAAAUAGUCGUUUUGACAGAAUGGCCGAGUGUUCUAAACCUGUUGUAAGACAAAUAUUAAUCGUUCAUUUCUUUGAGUUGCACAGAAUUAGAACACUGCAGUGAAAUAAUUAAAUACAAACUAAUUGUACAUAUUCGAAUAUCGUGAUGCAUUUUCAUUCGUGAUAUCAAAAGGGUAGAUAUUGCGAAAUUCUUUCUCAAAGUAUGUUGUAAUUCGAAGGUAACCGUCAAGGUAAUCGGAAAGUGUAGAAAGUGCGCGUGUUAUGUUUGCAAAUGUAUAGGUAGACUCGCUUUUGUAAAACUGUUUUGGGAUAAACCACAGUGCAAAUGUGAUGGAGGACUACAAAUUUCUUUUCAAAGUCGUCCUGGUGGGCAAUGCCGGUGUUGGAAAAACUUGCCUCGUACGCAGAUUUACGCAGGGUUUAUUUCCUCCAGGUCAAGGUGCAACAAUUGGUGUAGAUUUUAUGAUUAAAACUGUAGAAGUAGAAAAUGAGAAAGUCAAGUUACAAAUUUGGGAUACAGCUGGACAAGAAAGAUUUCGUUCAAUAACUCAAAGUUAUUAUAGAUCUGCUCAUGCUUUAAUUUUAGUAUAUGAUAUUUCUUGUCAACCUACUUUUGACUGCUUACCUGAUUGGUUAAGAGAAAUUGAAGAAUAUGCAAAUAACAAAGUUUUAAGGAUAUUAGUAGGUAAUAAAAUAGAUCGAGAAGAUAGGGAAAUACCAACGCAUGUAGGUGAAGAUUUUGCACAAAGACAUGGAAUGUACUUUUUAGAAACAUCAGCAAAAGAGGCAGAAAAUGUAGAACGGUUAUUUAUGGAGAUAGCUGCCGAACUUAUGGAUCAAGCACGUAGUAAGGAAUUGCCUAGAUAUGAAACAAAUGCUACUUCCAUAAAUGGAAAAACUACAUCAAUUGGUGAUACUAAUAGUUGUGGUUGCAGUCGUUUUUCUUAAAUAUUUGUGGCAAUCAUAUUAUGUCAUUUGUAUGAAUGCAGAACUGUCAGUUAUUGGAUAUUUAUAUUAUAGAAUAAGAUUAUACGUUUUUCAACACAUAUAUUAAAUGCAAUACUAGUCGAUGUUUCACAGCUCAGACAAUAUUAAUCUAUUCGCACACUUGAUAUUAUAUAUUAGCAAAUAGCAAAAACACUAUAUACUAUUUUAAUUAUUAGAGUGAGUUGAUUUUUACAAUGUUAUAGUUAGUACUUUCUUCAAUGACAGACUAUCAGAUUAGUUAAAUUUUUAUAAGAAUACUCUUUGUCUGACUGAUCUGUCAUCAUUUUUAUAAGAUUUUGGUUGCUUCAAAAGUACAAAUAGUUAUGUAUGAAUUUUGAUGGAUUUUUAUAGAGAAGAUAAUGUUUAUGCCCUAAAACAAAAUACUGACAAUUUUCUAGAUUAAUAUCCAAUGUGCAAUACAGAUGUGUGCUUACUAUGCUAAUUUAAAAAUUAAGAAUUAGCUUGAAUAUAUAAAUAUUUAAAUAUUUCAUAGAGUGCUCACGAAAUAUUAAUAAUAUGAUUGAGAUAAAUUUCUCUCUAUUAGACAUUGUUAUAAAUAUAAAGAACACAUGUUCUUCAUUGUUUUAUUACUGAUAUUUGGGUAAUCAAAGUUUUGUUACAUUUAUUCCAUAUUUUAAUCAUGUUUUUUACAUCAUAGUUUAUUAUUAAUUCUGUUCACGUAUUGUUCAAUGUUGUAUCAUAAAAAUUAUUUACAAAGUAUUAAUUUUUGCUGUCAAAGCUAUCUAUUAAUUUGUUUAGGUCAUUACUCUAGUCUCAAGAUUUGCUUUUUUUACAGGUUAGAUAUAAGGAAUCUAAGACUACUAAAAUUUGUAUGAUCUUUCUUUCUCAUUAUUACAUUAAUCAUAAUUUAUUUAUUUUCUCCUGUUAAUUCUUUUGUUACAUAUAAUUUGUAUAAAUUGAGUAAUACAUAUUUAUAUCAAUUGCAAAAACAGAAGAAUAAGAAGGGCUACAUUUUUCUAAAGAGUACUAUUAAAUAAUGGAUUUAUAUAUUAUUAGAUUGCUUUUUAAAUGGAUGAUUUAUGUGUUAUAUUGUUGAAAAAUAUUGAGACCAAUACAAAAUUAUUUCAUUUCAUCUUAUUUUCUAAUAUAAAGUUAAUAGAUUAAUGCUAUACAAAUAAAUCAGAUCUUUAAAAAUUUUACUAAGUUUGUCAAUAUCAAAUAAUUUUAUUACUAUAAUAAUAUGGUAUACAAUUUUACAAUGCAUGACAUAAGUGCAUAUUUGAGUAAAUGCUAAUAAAUACAUAUCAAUUUGUCAUGUCUCCCAGGAAUUUCAUUAAAUAAUUUAUUUUUAUUCUGCAUUUAUUUUAUUUUACACAGACACUAUAAUACAUAGAUGAUAUAGAAACUUUUAUUUACAUAUAUCAUUAGAUGCAUUAUAUUGUGAUCACAAUAAUUAAUAGUAGAUGUAUCUAUUACAUGUAAACAUGUGUGAUGUCUAAUAUAGGCAUUUCAUUGAAAAACUUCUAUGUAUUUGGUAUAAUAGAAGUGUUUAUAUUUAUCUUAAAAGUAAUUCUCUUGUCUUAUUUGUAAUCAAUAAAUAUGAUAUCAUGAUUAUAUUAUGCCUACUAUGUAAAAUAUGAGGUUUAAUAUAAAUGUUUUUCAUUAUUGUAUUCAAUGCCACACUUUACAUGUCAUGUAUGUAUAUAACAUAUGACAAAUUACAUAGUGAAAAGUUUGUAUUUACAAAAUCGAAAUCAAGAAUUAUUGUAGAGCAUACUAUUAAAUUAUAUCUUGUCUGUGAUCAGAACCAAUGUUCUUUUUAUAUGUAUCUAUGUAUUUAAGUUCUUCUCAUAUUUUAAUACUUAGGAUCAAAUUAAAAGUAUAUAACUCUUCAAUUUAUGUGUAUUAAUCAACAAUUGUUAUAAAUACGACUCUGUUUAAUGAUUUAAAGGGAUAGACUACUAUGACAACCUGAAAAAAGCAGCUAAUAUAUGUGUCAACAAAUUCCUUUUUUUUAUUUCAACAUUUUCAUUAUGUGAUUAUGAUACAACGAUACUUUUAUACAUUUUGCUAUCACUGUCACCAAUAUAAAACAAAUAUUUUA